AUGAUGGAACAGUCCAAUUCAGUCUUGAUUGUUUGUAUUAGUUUUCUACUUGUUGAAGCUUCAGCGCAGAAUGAAACUGCAUCACCAAAUAACACAACAACAAAUCCUCCAGGAAAGAACAGUUCACAGCCAGUACUGACUUCAAUGUUGAUCCUGCUUCUUGUGUUCAUCAUUUUCAUUCUUCUGGCUGGCUAUUUUUUCAGGUUCAGAAAACAUAGGAAAGCUGUUGUGACCUCCAGUGACAAAAAGAUGCCAAAUGGAAUCUUAGAAGAGCAAGAACAGCAAAGGGUGAUGCUGCUUAGCAGGUCUCCCUCUGGCCCAAAGAAGUACUUUCCUAUUCCGGUGGAGCAUCUGGAGGAAGAAAUACGGAUAAGGUCAGCAGAUGAUGGGAAACGGUUUCGGGAAGAAUUUAAUUCAUUACCAGCCCGAUGCAUGCAAGGAACAUUUGAAAUGGCAAAUAAAGAAGAAAACAGAGAAAAAAACAGAUAUCCCAACAUCCUUCCUUAUGAUGAUUCCAGAGUCAUUUUGACCCAAAUAGAUGGAGUUCAAUCUUCAGACUAUAUUAACGCUUCAUACAUAGAUGGUUACAAAGAAAAGAAUAAAUUUAUAGCUGCUCAAGGACCUAAACAAGAAACAGUUAAUGAUUUCUGGAGGAUGAUAUGGGAGCAGAAAUCUGCAAUUAUUGUUAUGUUAACAAAUUUGAAAGAAAGAAAAGAGGAUAAAUGUUAUCAAUAUUGGCCAGAUCAAGGAUGCUGGACUUAUGGAAAUAUCAGAGUUUCUGUGGAAGAUAGUAUCGUUCUUGUGGACUACACCAUUCGCAAGUUUUGUAUACAGUCACAGCUUCAUGAUGGCUGUAAAGUUCCAAGGCUUGUAACACAGCUCCAUUUUACCAGCUGGCCUGAUUUUGGUGUGCCUUUCACACCCAUUGGGAUGCUGAAGUUUCUGAAAAAAGUCAAAACAUUGAAUCCUUCACAUGCUGGACCAAUUGUGGUUCACUGUAGCGCUGGCGUGGGUCGAACAGGCACAUUUAUAGUGAUAGAUGCCAUACUAGAUAUGAUGCAUGCUGAACAGAGAGUUGAUGUUUUUGAGUUUGUUACAAGAAUCCGUAAUCAGCGCCCACAGAUGGUUCAGACUGAUAUGCAGUAUUCAUUCAUUUAUCAAGCCUUACUUGAAUACUACCUCUACGGUGACACAGAACUAGAUGUGUCCUCCUUAGAAAAGCACCUUCAAGCAUCGCACACCACAACACCACAUCUUGUCAAAACAGGGGUAGAGGAAGAAUUUAAAAAAUUAACAAAUGUUCGAAUAAUGAAAGAAAACAUGAGAACUGGCAAUCUGCCAGCGAAUAUGAGGAAAGCCAGAGUCAUCCAGAUAAUUCCAUAUGACUUUAAUAGAGUGAUUCUUUCAAUGAAAAGAGGUCAAGAAUAUACAGACUACAUCAAUGCCUCCUUCAUAGAUGGCUAUCGCCAGAAGGAUUAUUUCAUUGCAACCCAAGGACCACUUCCUCAUACAGUGGAAGACUUCUGGCGAAUGGUGUGGGAGUGGAAAUGUCACACGAUUGUUAUGCUUACAGAAGUUCAAGAAAGGGAGCAGGAAAAAUGUUUUCAGUACUGGCCAUCAGAGGGCUCUGUAACUCAUGGAGAGAUAAAUAUAGAGAUAAAGAAUGACAGUCUUUUGGAUGCCAUAAGCGUAAGGGACUUCAUAAUCACAUUCAAUCAGGAGAAGCAGAGCAGACUUGCCCGACAAUUUCAUUUUCAUGGAUGGCCUGAAAUUGGAAUUCCUGCUGAAGGAAAAGGAAUGAUUGACCUCAUUGCAGCUGUCCAAAAACAGCAGCAGCAGACAGGAAACCAUCCAAUUACUGUGCAUUGCAGUGCUGGAGCUGGAAGAACAGGUACAUUCAUAGCACUCAGCAAUGUUCUGGAACGAGUAAAGGCUGAAGGGCUCUUAGAUGUAUUUCAAGCUGUGAAGAGCUUAAGAAUGCAAAGGCCACAUAUGGUGCAAACACUGGAACAGUAUGAAUUCUGCUACAAAGUGGUACAAGAUUUCAUUGAUAUAUAUUCUGAUUAUGCUAAUUUCAAAUAA